AUGCAAGAGAUGUAUUGGCGUCAAAUUGGUGGCCAUAUAAAACGUACAUUUUCUUGCCAUGCUGGCGUGGUGUGGGGCAUUUCGUGUGACAACACUGCUUGGGUAUACAAUGGCGGUUGGGGUGGACAAUUUCUGAAAGGACUAGAAGGUGGUUCUGGAAAAAUUAAUUCCAUGGUUGAUACGCAUACCUACUAUGUGUACGAAAAUCAACGCUGGAAUCCCAUAAGUGGAUUCACCACCAAAAGCCUGCCCACCGAUCGACACAUAUGGAGCGACGCAAGUGGUCGCCAAAAGCGCAGCAAAGAACACACAAAAUUGUUGUCCACUCACUGCGAGUGGAUAACAGAUUGGAUGGUGGAUUUUAAUAUACCCGGCGGUGCGGAUAAAGAAGGCUGGCAGUAUGCUAUCGACUUUCCAGCAACCUAUCAUGCUCACAAAAAAAUCACCGAUUGUGUGCGCAGACGACGUUGGCUAAAGAAAUGCCGACUGACUAGUAGCGGUCCAUGGCAGGAGCUUAGUCACUCGAAAAUAUUAGAUGCCUCGUUACAAGUGCUUGGUGGUGAUGCCGAUAGCGCUAAUAGUUUAAGCGAUUGGGAGGAUUUGCCCGUCUGCGCUUGGGCAGUGGCAUCGAAUGGGGAUGUAUUGAUACGGCAUGGUGUUACGCAACAAAAUGCGCGAGGUGAUAGUUGGGAACACAUACCAAGUGAACAGCCGUUGAUUGCAAUUAGCGUGGGGCCAACGGGACAAGUAUGGACUGUUGGACGAAAUGGCAUGAUAUAUUUUCGUUAUGGCAUUACUAGACACAAUCCAUUGGGUGAAGCUUGGCAAAUGGUGGAAACUCCUCCUGGCACAACAUUCCGCACGGUAUCUGUGGGGCACGCUGGUAUUUGGGCUUUAGACAACCACAAUCGCUUGGCUGUGCGCAAAGAAAUAACUAAAACAUUCCCAGAGGGUUCACAUUGGCAGUUCUUGCCGAAUAUGCCAAAUAUUCCUCCACAUACUGAGACGCAUAUCGGUUUCAAAUCGGUCUCUGUAGGCACGGAAGUUUGGGCGAUUGCACAAAAUGGCAUCGUUUGUAAACGUUGUGGUAUAACCAAGGAGAAUCCAGCAGGUGCCGGUUGGAAUUUGGGCAUACCGGGUCAAUGGCAGCAUAUUUCAUUGGAAAGCUUUUCAUAAUACCUAGCCUAAAACCUAUUUGAAUUAUCUCCAAAGAUGCAGUAUUCCAUAAUUUUCCAUUUUAAUAGAAGUAUUUUACUUUUAAGCAGCACCACAUUCUUGCUUUA